AUGAAGCCGUCACCGUUCACCUUUGACCUUCGCGCUGAUACAUUACUUAUCUUGAGAAACCCCAACGCCUCGCACCAGGAGGAAUGUGAUGCUCAAGUUGACUCGGAGCCCGAAUAUGAGCGCCUCGGCCUCGGUGAGGCGGGGUUGGAACAGAUAAACAAAGCGCGUCGCGAUUCGCCAAUGACUCUAGAGAAUGACCAAAGUUAUCCGCGAGGAUCUUUGGAUGAUGGCAGUUCAACGCAGAUGGAGUUCCGGGUGUCAUCGAGACAUCUGAGCCUAGCUUCGCCUGUUUUCAGAGCUAUGCUUGAGAGCAAGUUCAAAGAGUCGCAGCUCAAUGAGCAAGGUCUCUACGAGGUCCAAGCGUCCGAGUGGGAUGCCGAGGCUUUUGUCAUACUUCUCGAUAUCAUACAUGGUCACCAUCGCGACGUGCCGAAGCGUAUAUCCGCCGAGACACUUUCACAUAUUGCCAUAAUCGUCGAUUAUUAUGGCUGUCACGAAAUUGUGGAGUUUGUCUUAACGGCGUGGCUAACCUAUCUGGGACAACCAAAAAGCUUCGUCAAAAAAGAUCCUCUACGUUGGUUGUUCAUAUCUUGGGUGUUUAAGCAAGGAGUUUUGUUCACAGUUGCGACCGAGAUGCUUCUGUUAUAUGACAAUGGCAAGUAUGUCGUGGACUUACCCAUACCACAGCCUAUAUUAGACAAAGUGGACGACAAACGCCAAUACGUCCUGAAUACGCUGUUUGGCCAUCUUUACAGUUACCAGCAAGAUCUUCUAGAAGGAAAAUCUGGGUGCUCCGAAACGUGUUCCAGUAUGCUUCUCGGGUCUUUGAUGAGGCAAAUGCGUUGCAAGGGAUUGGCAGCGGCUAAACCUGCUACAUCAUCAUUCGAGGGAUGGAGAGUAGAAGACGCGAGAAACACAAUUCUUGGAUUGACGGCACCGCCUUGGCGUGUCCCUGGAAGGUCAACGGAUCACCCUUGCACGUUGAACAAAUCGCUGGCCCCAAGAGUGAAUCAGGUGCUUCAGCAUGCGAAAGGACUUGACCUGAAGGACUUUGAGGGCAGCCCUUGCGCUAUGUUUAUGUCCAUGAGUUCUUAG